ACAAGUUCUCUUACUUUGAACCAAAGUUGGGUCCUCCUGUUUUCUCAACUCUUUUGUUUACUGGGCUGCUUGGAUCCCAUAUAAGAUGAAAGCUUCGUGUGUCCAAGUUAAUGGGAAGGGUCAGGGUUGAAAAUGGACUGUGUAUGCAUAGGGUCUGAGAGGAAGGGGAGGAGGAAACUCCAUUGGAGAGAUUUGAAGUGAUGGUGGCUGAGACAUGGAAAGCAGUCUGCAACAGGAAAGGCCGUUUGGGAUAAGAAAAGGUCCAUAGGAUGAGAAUAAAGGGGAGAAGUCAGGGAAGAAACUGGAUGAAGCCCUUGAGCCAACCUCACACGCUAGGAGAGCUUUGAGAGAAACCCAAACCUGUGCGAGCUUCAGCCUGUGCGGGUGUCAAGAGAGGCAGCGCUGAGGGGCAGGUCACGUGCCCAUAGGCGGGAACCUACUCCUGAGGAGAACGCGAGAAAUGGCGCGCGAGCACACCUGCCGCAGGUGAGACUGAGCGGUAGGGAAGGGGAGGAGCCGUCGCGCAGGUGAGCGCUCUGUACUACUCCAUGGGGAGCCGGAGGGCUGCGUCGCGGAAGAGAAGGGAAGAAUAGCAGUGGCUUUGUUUCUCUUUGUUUAUUUUCGCAACCGGAGGAGCACGGAGAGGUUGGGGGUGUGUCUCUUACAGCCACUGCGGUCCUGGAUAAGGGGCAGCUGCAGGUUCAGCCUUCCGGGCUCCGGCAGCUCCACAGCCCUCUCUCCUGAGAACAUUCCAGGCAGCGCUGACUGCGGCGCCGGCAGCGGCCCUGGGUCCGUUCGUUAUUUGAAUAGGACAAAGGAACCGCCUUGGUCUGAUUGGACGGACGGACGAGUCUGGGGCGGGCAGCCCCUGUCACUCCGACCGCGACUGGGGCUCUGGUUGGCCUGGGGAGCGAGAGGCGGGGCGCUGGCGUUCGGAUAAAUAGCGGGGGUUGGGGCCGGCGAAGGCUCAUUGCUUUGCGCGGUCGGGUUCGGACGGGGCGCGCAGUGGGGAUGGUGGCAGCGCCUAUCCGAGUGAUGUCGACCCGCUGAACGGAGACUCCCCUUUCCUUUUCCUCCUUCUUCCACAUCGCUGCAGCGAGCUGUGGAAGCAGCCAUCCCCACCCUUUGCCCACAGCUUCCCACCCCUCCCCACCCUUUGCCCACAGCUUCCCACCCCUCCCCAAGUCCCCCAUCGCUAUCUCUUCCAACCUCGCUCUCCCCACCAAGUCUCCCCGGUGCCCGCGCCGCGCGGUGCUGUGCGUGUCUAUGCGCCCGGCGGUGGCAGGAGGCGGUGGCGGCUGGUGGUGCUGAGUCCCUCCGGAGGAGUAUGGAGUGCGCCCUGGACGCUCAGAGCCUCAUCACCAUCUCUCUGCGGAAGAUCCAUAGCUCGCGGACCCAGCGCGGUGGCAUUAAGCUGCACAAGAACCUCUUGGUCUCCUACGUGCUCCGCAACGCGCGGCAGCUCUACCUGAGCGAGCGCUACGCCGAACUCUACCGUCGGCAGCAGCACCCAUACUCGGGCGGUGGCGGCAUGAUGAUGAGCUCCACGGGUGAAAUGGCCGAGUUCAGCCCUCUCCAACUUCCCGGGGACCCGGAGGAACGGGAUCCGGGAGCCCGGCAGCAACUACACCAGCUUCAUCAGCUCCACCUCCACCACCAGCAGCAGCUGCAACAGCACCGGAGCUGCGCCGCCGGGGCGCCCGCGGGAGGAGCUAGCGGAGGCGGGGGCGCUGGGGAGCUGUUGGAGCCCGUGUGCGCUGCGCUCUUGCCCGGCGCGCACCACCGGGAGGAGACCUUGGCGCUCCAGCCGAACCCUUCCCCACAGCAACAGCCGCCGCCGCCUCCAGCCUUGUGUACCCGGGACCCUUCCUCCAAUCCUUCCUCUUCCUCUUCCGUCGCUGCUUCUUCUGCUGUUUCCUCCACCACUGCCUCCCCCGGCUUCUACCGGAGCGGUGGUUGCUGCGCCCCGGGCGGCGUAUACCCGCUCACCUCGGACUUCGGUGGCAGCCCGCUCCCGGUGGCUGGGGGAAGUCUACACUGUAGCAGUCAGACCACCGUCCUGGACCUAGACACUCACGUGGUGACUACAGUGGAGAACGGCUACUUGCACCAAGACUGCUGCGUUUCGGCGCAGUGCCCCUGCUGCUGCGGCGGCGGGCAGGGCGCCCCGGGACUGGGCCCCGCAGUGCCGGCCCCGACCGCGCUGCCAGGCACCAAGCGCAAGUACUACCCUGGACAGGAGGAAGAGGAGGAGGGAGGGGAACUGGGGGGAGAUCCCCCCGGGGGCGGGCCCCCUUUUACCCCUUGCAAGCGUGCCCGCUUUGAGGACUUUUGCCCAGAGUCGUCCCCGGACACUUCCAACAUAUCAAACUUGAUCUCGAUUUUUGGCUCGGGAUUCACUGGGCUAGUGAGCCGGCAGCCGGACUCGGAGCAGUCUCUGAACGGGCAGUUGUGCAGCAAGCAGGCUCUGGCCAGUCUGGGAGCCUGGACUCGGGCCAUCGUGGCCUUCUAGGGACCAGGGGAGCUUGGGAUAGACAGUGCCCGGCCACAGUUAGGGGUGCGGGAACAGUGGGAGACAAAAGACUAGGGGAAAUGGGGGAAAGAGGGGAGGGGGUGCCUGGGGAGUUAUGGGGUGUUCUGUGGGGGAGGAGGGGAGACAGCUAAUGUUUUAUAAAUUGUAAAAUAAAAAAUGUAAGAUCUUGGACUUUAUUUUUGCAGAGAUAAAAAGCGCCUAUUUAAAUAUUCUUUGUGUUUAUCUUUCUCUUUUUAAUUGUAUCGAUUGCAAUGGUGAACGGUGGAGGAGGCAGCCACGUGAGGCGAGGGCUGCUUGCUGUAAGAGGAAAUUUGGGGGGAAAGAUGGGUUACAAUCUCUGCUCGGAGGCCAAAAACUCUGCUUAGGUUCUGGUGUUGACCCCGGUUAAGGGGAGUGCCUGGCUUACCCUUAGGGGCACUCCAGUUAAGGGAGAAAUGGAGGGAAGAUUUAUCAUAUCCCUGGAAGGAUUAGUGUCUGAUCAAUUCCACAUCAAAGCUGUCAGUUCUUUAAACUGAAUUCAAGAAUCAGCUGAGGGAACUGUACUGGAAGAGUAAGAGGUGGAUCUUAAAAAAAAAAUUUUCCCCUCUUGAAAAAAUUUGGUCCAAAAAGGAAAAAUUAGAGAAAGAGGAAUAGCUUGAGGAAGGCUUCCAUUUAGUCUAUGCUUCCAUUCCUGGCCAGCCUUUGACUCUAGAUGGAUCGCUAGCAUUUUCAAAAGGAAGGCAGAAAUAAAAAUAUUUCAACUUUUUAAUGCUAUUUUUAAAACACCCUCCCUCCCAAUCUUUAUGUGUACUCCUUUCUUCCUUCCCUCCCUUCCUCCACAACUGUAAUUCUGGGGGAAAUAAGCAGAGGGGCUUCAGUCUUCUCUGACCUUAGUUCUUUUGCAGAAAUCUUUGAACCCUCCCAUGAGCUGGACACUGUGUUUGGGGGGGAGGGGGGGUAAUCCAAUGGAGGGCAUGUAAACUAAACUACAUUUCCCAUCAUGCACAGCACUAAGGCCUUUUCUUUAGACUUAAUUUUCAUUCAAUAAGGGAAGGGAGGAAACUUAUCCCUUCACCUUGAUCUGUAACUCAUUCAUCCUCUCUCACCCUCCAUGGGGAAGCCAGGAAAAGUAGUCGACUUAGAACUUUUUUUUCUUUUAACCAAGUCUCUGGUCAAAUGUGGUGUGUGUGUUUAUUAAAGUUUCAGUGUUCUGGUUUGAGCCUUCAAUCGGAUUUCAUAAAACCAGCAUCCUUUGGUCUUGUGAGGAGUACUGUCCUGUAGUCUUCAGAUAUGUAUCAAUAUUUUUUUGGUUUAGUUUAAAGACCUUUUGUUGUAAAAAGGUGGGUUUCUGGGCAGCCUGUCUUACAGGCCACACUCUCCACUGUGUGUCCUCACCCAAAAGUUGCUAGUUUGACACACAUUCCCUUCACUGCCCUCUUUGUUUGUAUCCUUGUAUUUUGUGCAUAUGAAAUUGUAUAUCACCGGGUAAAACUGUUCAGAUUAUUUGUUUAAAUUUAUAAUCUUAAUAAAAAGUCAAUUAUA